AUGCGCGCUUCGUCGGUCGCGCGCGGCGCCCUGGGGCGAUGCGCGAGGACGAUCGCGCGCGCGGACGGGGGGGCGUCGCGCGCGCGUGCGUCCCGGCGCCCGUCCGUGCGCUCGGGCGGCGGCGUGGGACGACGUCGCGCGGUGGGCGCGUCGUCGUCGAGCGAACGGGCGAGCACGGGACCGUGGAACACGGCGCCGUUAGCGCUGCACGAGGGUCUGUAUACGUAUCUCUUACGGCGCACGCGCGAGGCGGAGGUCCUGCGGGCGCUGCGAGAGGAGACGAGCGCGCUGCGAGGGGCGCGCAUGCAGGUGGCGCCCGAGCAGGGCGCGUUGCUCGCGCUGUGCGUCGAAUUGAUGGACGCGCGUCGAGUUAUAGAGAUUGGGACGUACACCGGGUACAGUUCGAUCGCGAUGGCGCUCGCGAUGCGACCGGGAGGGACGCUGUACGCGUGUGAUAGGGACGAGGACGCGCUGCGCGUGGCGAGACGGUACUGGAGCCGCGCGGGCGUGGACGACGUCGUCAAGGAGAAGUACGGCGACGCCAAGGAGAGCGUGAGGGAGCUUUUGGAGACGUAUGGGGAGAAUAGUUUCGACAUGGGGUUCAUAGACGCCGAUAAACGGGCGUAUAGGGAGUAUUACGAAUCGUUGUUGAGGCUCGUGCGCCCGGGCGGGUUGAUCGUCGUCGAUAACGUGCUGUGGUACGGCAAGGUUGCCGACGCUACGGUCACGGAUAAACAGACGGAGGCGAUCAGGGCUUUUAACGACUUCGUUGCGACGGACGAGCGAGUGACGUACACACUCCUUCCCGUGGGUGAUGGGUUGAGUUUAUGUCGAAAGCGUUGA